AGAAUUAAAUUAUCAAAAGGCAAUUUGAGGAGGAGAAAGCCCUACUACCCGUUUUGUUUUGUUUCACUUUCCUGUUAUCUGCGACAUAUUUUUCAAAGCACUAAGCACAAUAAUUCACAUAAGCACCUCAAGAAAAAGUGAACUGAAACAGUGAGAAAGCUUAAAAAUUAAGCUGAAAAAUGGCGAUUUCUAUUCCUGUUCUUGUUAUUGUCAUCUCACUUCACCUCAUAGCGUUCGUAUUUGCCGUCGGUGCCAAACGACGACGUAGCACGGCGACGGUGGUGCCGGACGAGUAUGAUGAGAAGACGUACUGUUUAUAUGGCACUGACGCGUCCACGGUUUACGGUUUGGCGGCGUUUGGGCUGCUAUUGAUUAGCCAGACGGUGGUUAACGGCGUCACCAAGUGCUUGUGUUUUGGCAGAGGGAUGAUGGGUGGGGGCUCUACUACUUGUGCUAUUUUCUUCUUCAUUUUCUCAUGGGAUAAGGAUGUAAAGUCAAUAUGGAAUCAAUAUUUCAGUUCAAGAGGACCAAGCCACUGGAAUAAAGUGUGAAAUGUUAAGAUUUGAGCAGAAGCUCGAUGUUGGAUGGCUUAAGGAGAAACUUAAUGAAAAUUGGAUGAGGACUAAUUGUAAUAACGAGAAUAGAGAGCUUUUGGGAGAAAAUCAUAAAAAUGCAUAAGUACUUUCAAGUUUGUUGAUUCAAAAUGAAGAUUUCAAGCAAAGAGAUUGGAAUUUAGUGAAUACUCUUGAAGAUGUUCAAAGGGAUUUCAAUAUUUUGUAUGAUGAAUUAGCAAUUUAUUACAUGUUGCUGUAUUAUGAACAUGACAGGCUAAAUCAUUUGUGCUUAAGAUGAUGAUGUAAAGCAUUAUUUGAAGUUUUAAUUA